GCCACGCCCCCUUCCCAGUCAUUCCCUGGGCAAAGUCCGUUCCAGGCUUCGGGGUGGGGCCAGAAGGGCGCAGGCGCAAUGCGCAGCGGAAGUAGCGACUCGGGAAAUUAGAAGGAAGGGAAGGGGCCUGCCUGCCGGGCUCCGCGAAGGGCACUGCGCUCCUCCUCCGUGGCUUCCUCCACCUCAGGGAAGCUCCGGGCGGCCGCACGUGCCUCCCUGCCCAGGCUCCUCCCCUUCCCUCCCCCUGCCCGGGAGCGGCCGCGGGCUGCUUUCCUCUCCUCCAGCCGCGAUGGCGCUCGACCCCGCAGAGCAGCAUCUCAGACAUGUCGAAAAGGAUGUUUUGAUCCCUAAAAUAAUGAGAGAGAAAGCCCGAGAGAGAUGUUCUGAACAAGUUCAAGAUUUUACCAAAUGUUGCAAGGACUCUGGAAUCCUUAUGGUAGUAAAAUGCCGAAAAGAAAAUUCUGCAUUGAAAGAAUGUCUAACUGCUCAUUAUAAUGAUCCAGCCUUUUAUGAAGAAUGCAAAAUGGAAUACCUGAAGGAAAGGGAAGAAUUCAGAAAAACUGGAAUUCCUACCAAGAAAAGGCUACAGAAGCUUCCCACAAGCAUGUAGGCAAAUAUUCAGCGAUACUCAAGAGCUCUGAUAUUCAUGGAAAUCAUUAUCCCCUGAAAUACUGGACUCAAGGAAGUGUUUGCUUUAUCCUAAAUGAUGGAAAUAUUAUCUGAAAUAAAGAUUUUUUUUUAAUUUCAAA